CGGUCCGAAAUAGUUUGAGACGGCCCGAAACCGGUCCGGAGAACGUUUCAGAACGGUUUGAUUCUAUUAAUAGUAAUUGACAUCACACAUUUUCUGGUAUAUAAACCCCUAGUUUUACUGACAGAAUCACUCCUCCGGCACGCUCUAUACAGCUAUACUGAAGUUACUACGCCAGCUGCUGAACAAAGACUCAAUUGUCGUCUGCUAAAGAAAUAAGACCGGUCUGAAUAGCGAAUACAGAUUGCUACACUUGAGAAUCCUUCAGUUCUCCCACUGCUGUACGACAUUUCCUGUCCAGAGAAAUCCCAAGAUGCAAUCCUUGGUGAUAAAGAUGAUUUAUGAGCGGCAGGGCAACGCGACUCCUGAGAUCCGACGUUUCCCUGUCCCCGAUAACGCCGCCCUCAGUUACACCUUCAUCAACGAGAAGGUGAUGCAAGUGUUUCCACACCUUGAUGCGGACACAUUCACACUGGGCUGGACAGAUGAAGAUGGAGAUUCAAUAACUUUCUCCUCAGAGGAAGAGCUCAAAGAAGCUCUUAGCAGUGCCAAUGAUUCCGUUAUGAAAAUCGUCGUCAGAGAGCACGACGUGACAAAUAGAGCUGAAGGAGUUACCUCCCUUGACGCUAAUACUUGGCGCAGAUCUCGUGUGUUUGGGAAAGGAGCAGAUGCUGGAGGAUACAGAAUGAUGGAGACGAAGGACGUUCAACCCCGUCACUCCAGACGUCUGAUGAGAAUGGCCAGGAAGAUUCCACAACAGGGACGGGAAGAUGCUGGCCAAGUCGAUGCCAAUCCAACCCUUGUUGAUGGACAAGUCACGAGAAACUACAGCAAUGCAGGCGGAUCCAGACGAGAGUUCUGUAGAAAUGGUCGCCGAUGGCAGUUGCAAGCAUCCUGUGGGCACAAUGGUGCUGGAGCUGGCCCUGUGACUGGCUGGCGUCAUCGUCGACGUCAGCACAUGUCAAACCCUACAGCCGAUGAAGAUACAGCUACGGAGCAGGGGACCCCAACGAGAGUCUGUGGGAGGCGACGCCAGAGAGAACUGGGCGGGCUCUGUCAGCGUGAUGGGGCUGAAAGCGAUGGUACAUCUCCAAGGCCACGUUGGUGGAGGCGGGUGAUGCAAGAAGAACGUCCCUGCCCGCAGAAGGAGAAUGUCAUUGAUGGUACGUCUCCUUCGAAUUCCUGUGGGCAACGUUGGAGAAGGCGGGUGAUACAAAAAGAUGGUCGCCUCCAGCGUGACGAGACUACCGGGAAAUGUGGAAGACCUUGGAGAAGGCGGAUGAUGACAGGACUCGAGUAUCAGCGUGGUGAUUCAACAGGAGACGAUCUCUGUUUGAACCCACAUUGGAGAUCAAUGCAAGCAGGCCGGGCUUCAAGAUACGCCAUGGGUACUGAAGGUGUCACUAUGCCUCUCUGGUAUUAUGGAUGUCAUGGAGCCAGGAAAUCCUUCCCUGUUGGCUGCAGAGGAUUUCAAGAAUCCUGUAGUGAUCGCGCUGGUCAAGACGGACCAGGUAGACGCACCAUGGGCCACCAUGAGGUCAGUGGGAAAAGGUGGCGUCGUACAAAUGAGCCUCGUUUUGGAAGAUGGUCCAGGCGAGAUAGUAAGACUGAAGAUGAACAUUACAUCAAUAGCCACUGCACUGAUAGCAGCUUUGCCAGCUGUCAGCGUCGUCGUGUUCGUUGCACGGGUGUCUCGGGAAACACGCCUGGAUGUAAGUGUUCGAAUGAGGAAAGCUGUCUGAACAAACGAGACGUAAAGAAUCUCCAUAGAUUUGAGAGUUGUCCUAAACGUCGCGUGAGAUUAAGCGAUGAUGUGUCAGAGUCACACGAUAAGAACACCAAUGGCAGAGUGGAAACAACCCGUGGAAACAAAUGGCAGAGAGCAUUCGGACCUCACAUCAGACGAUGCAUCCGUCGCCAGGGGAGGACGAUGGAGGGAAGAGCCAACAGGGAAAUCUCAGAAGAUGUGAUGCGUGGUCAAAUGAAUGACGUGAUGCCAACAUGCAAUGAAGCGGGCUGUGACAUGCAGAGAGGCAAAAUGUGCAGGAGCCACAGAAGAGGACCAACGUUCAGAACUCGUCGUCUUCGUAUUGUAAGACGCAUGCGUCGCUUGCGAUACCUUCAAGGCCUUAAGGGAUUUUAUAAACACCCAUAUCCAAGAAUGCACGGACACAGAAGAAGACCGGUCUUGAAGACCUGCCGUCGUGGUCUUUGUCUUCAUCUGAGUGGAACUGGAGCUAAAGUUGGAAGAGUAUAUGGAUUUGGAGGUAAACGAGGUGGCUGCCACAUUGGAAUAGGCCAGCAUCUGGCAGAGACAAUCAACCGUCAAGUUACUUCAUGUUAUGCGUCAAACUCUCACAAAUUUAAAAUGGGUGACAAUGGAACAAACUGCAGAAAUCAUGAGAGGAAGAGUAUUCAUCACGUCAUGGGCAGAUCCUGGGGUCGUCAAAAGGCUUAUCCUGGAGGGUCUGGAAAGGAUGAAGGGGGAUUGGCCUGUCAGAUGAAGCACGCCUGUGACGGCCCUGAAGAUGUUGGGACACAAACCCCUUUUAAGCUCACUUUCCAUGAAAUGAAGAGACUGUGCCUGAUGAGAAGAAUCCUUCAAAAGGAAAGAAAAAGGCAGUUCCGUAUAAGACAGCUAUUUGCCAGCCGCUGUGGACAAGGACAGUUGUCAAAGAGACCUGUGAUGAAGGCGUGGGGAGGCAAGGCAAGCACCUGUACCCACGGUGGCGAUAGGGUGUUGAGAAUGGCCUAUUUGUAAGACACUAAAAAGCUUGCUACUAUCCGUUGCAGAAUGUAGUUACAUACUGAUGAAAUCCUUGUCGAUGACAGAUGAUUUUAGAUGCUGAGGAAUCUAUGGGAAGUAUAUGUUGUCCAUUAUAUACGGUUUUGGUUACAUUAAAUACAUAAUUUAUGUUGUCCAUUAUUUACGGGUUCGGUUACUAUUUUAUAUGUUGUCCAUUACAUACGGUUUUGGUUACAUUAAAUAUAUAAUUUAUGUUGUCCAUUAUAUACGGGGUUGGCUAAGUUGUUUUCUUUCUGUACAGUGUGUGUGAAAAAUGUGAACUUGGUGCUAUCAUGUAAUAUACAAAUGAUCAUUUUGAAUAAGAGUUAUUUCGUCCCAUUUGUUUCCGCUAGUUUUACAUAUUAAUGAAAUUAUCUAACGUCUUGUCAUUUUGUGUUUCAUAUAAGUUAGUGAUUAUGAUAAUACAGAUGCAUAUGGGUCAAGAUAUUAUGUUUUUGACAGGUUUUUUAUCAUCUGUGUUCAGAAUUAAUACAUACAGGUUAGGUUGGUUGAAACAUAAUUUUUGUAAUAGGAACGUAUUUGUGUUCAUGUUAUUAAAAUGUUGGACGUUU